UCCAGUUCUCUCCGUCACAUGGUUCAACCAUUGAGCUGAGCGAGGAAUAGAGUGUAGAGAGAUGGAGGGGGCUUGAGAAACUGUGGAGGAAAAUCUGACAGUUCGAUACAACACAGGUGAUACAGUGGAAAAUAGUUAAUCUGUCUGCUUGCAUUGCUUUUCGCUUUGGAAACGGGUGCGCAUUCACAGGGGGUGGACGGAGGUGUCAAAAAAUGCCAAAUGCAAUUAUGCAUUAUGCUCAUGUUUUCUCACACACAAGAAGCUCCGGUUAUCGCCUUUAAUUGAUUAUGCUAGUGGGGAGUGGAUGGUCCGAGUGGAAGCAGAAUUUGAAGGAACCGACCGAAGUGGAUGCUGCGCGCCGUCGCGCAUCCGGAAUCUCUGAGCUGACAGAUCCCAGGGAGGUUGUGGCGCCUACGUGUGUGGUGUGUAUGUGUGUGGUGAGUGUGUGUGUGUGGUUGUGAGAGAGCGAGCGCCAGCGCUCCCACAUGGCCUCCAUGCAGGACGGGCUGAACUUCACGUCUCCUACCUACGGCAAGGUCCUGCUGCUGGGUGCCAUCGCUGCUGCCUCAGCCUUCAUCGUCACCAUCCUCAUCGUGGUGCUCUGUGUGGGCUGCCAGAGGAAGGGAAAAACGCAUAAUGUCUCCAGUGAAAGUGGGAAACACAGGCUGAUGGACAUGAGUAUACUCAGGCAGUCAAAGCUCCGUUCCAUCAGCAAGUCGGACGGUGAGAUGAACAAGCUAAACUGCAAUGGCAAAAAGUCAUCUAAAAAGAACCGUCCGGCUAGCAUGGACCUUCUGCCCAGCCGCCGGUCCAAUUCCGACCUCCGCUCCGGGGGACGGACGCUACCCCAGAUCCCCUCUGGCACCGGAGAGGAUGGGGAGCACACCUACUCUGAGGUAGGUCAACGCUCAUCCCCGAAGCGUGGCCCUGAUAACAACCUCUACGCCAUAGUGGGCAGGGCCGGAGAGACAGACACCCCAGCCCCUCCGGCCGUCCCAGCCAACACCCCUGCCCCCCCUGAUCUAGACGGGGAUGGGUUGAAUGAACCGCUCCCCGAGCCUGAGCCCAUGCCCCAGGCUAUGGCUCAUCCACAACCCCCGGAGACGACUGCAGAGUACGCCUGCGUCCGGAAGCUCCGGAAGGUGGACAAGGCUGUCCCCCAGAAGAGGGACAGCGGGACCGAUAUGGGGGAGGCACCGGUGCCGCCUCCCCGCCACGCCCCACCAUCACACCCUGCGCCGCCUCCGCCACACCCUCAACACCCUCACAGCAUGAAGAUGCCCCGGAAAAACGUGGAUGCUUUCAAGCUGCCCACCUUCCCCAAGGAGGCAGUAUUCAUGGGUAAUGGAGAGCAGUACAUAUGGAAGCCUCCAGAGGAUGAUGACAUCACCAUGCUCCAAAACAAACCCUUAGGCCCUCAGAGUCCUCACAGUGGAGAGAACAUAAAGCCUUCCACUGCUUUGGUUGCAGAGAUGUACUCGAAGGUGUGCAAACCAGGCAAGAAGAAGAGAGCUGUUCCUGGGUCUCCCCCAGCAAACAUUGGCUUCCGGACCUUGGGGCGUGGCGACCGGGACCGGGAGCGAGAUGGGGGGUUCAGUGUGGUGGUCAAGCCCCAGACCUGGGCACCGCAGGAGGGGAAACCCGUCGGAGGAGCCUCUGCCACUCUGGAGGACCACUGUUAUGAGUCCAUCGAGACGGGGGAGGAGUGCGACCCCACUUAUGAGCCUAUGGAAGGUGGUGGCAGUUGGAAGCGAGUUGGAGGAACCGAACGGCCUCCCAACACCUGUGCCACACUCAGGCCCAGGAGGAAGAAAUCCCAGCAGCCCUUGCAGCAGCCUCCCCCGCCGCCGCCCACACAGCAGACCCCCAAGUUACAGCACCAUCCAGCCAAAGCCCUGCUGCUGCCUGGGGAGAACCUGUACGAGAGCAUUGGGGAACUGAAGCAGGGCGGAACUGCCACCUCCAGCACCACUACCAUCUUCACCUUCAACGACGGCAUGGAGAUGUAUGUCACUGGGCUCUAAGGCUGUGACCUACCUGACCUCUUACCUCCUUCCCAGCAUUUAAAAAGAAGACCUCGGUCAGGGAGAGCUGGUUGAGCCCCUCUCAUGCUCACUUUGUCUACAUUACAGUCAUAACUUCCUGCCUUUCAGAGCCUAGGGCAAAAGGGUUGGUCAGUGGUUAACGGGCUGAAGAGAAAGUCCUUGGCUGGGUCAAGCCCCUAUCUUGAAUCCAAAGGUAGUGAUGAGAAAUUAGCACAAAACUAUUACAGAGAAAUCUGUAGGAUGGUAGCACUAUUUUAACAAUGUGCAUAGCACAAUUACAGGGAAAAUUGCCUAAAUUCUUCACCCAUUUUAGUGGGUAAAAUCAUAGAAAUAUAAUUAAUUUCUAUGGUUAAAACAGUGUUAUUGUACUGGCAAUCCUGGAGCCCUAGUUUAGGAACGAGCACAACUUUCAGUUUACUCCCAAUGUAGCACUUAGUCUCUGUAUGGCAGACCUUUCCCCCAAGUUGGUCGAGGUGUGAUUCAGGAAGGAAUUAAAAUAAUAAUAUAAAAUAAAUAAAUAUUAAUCAAAAGACUUGAAAGCUCAGGGACCAAGAGUCAAAUUAUGAGAGAAUAAUGAACUAAAUUGCAAACCAUUUGUCAUUCCUCCUAAAAAACACAAAGAAUUCUGACCAUAUUCACAGAUAAAAAUACCAGAUAAUGUUCCCUUUUCAUUUGUUACAUAUCACAUGGUCUGUCUCCACUACCAUCUGUAAAUUAAGUGUUUUACUUUGUCAGUCCUUUUCCUGCACUUUGCCUGCUUAAUGUUGCAUGCUAAAAAAAACUCUAACAAACAAAAAUCAAGCACUGUCAUGUGGUACCGAAGAACGGUUUGUUUUUUGUUACUGUUGUUGAUUGUUUAGUUAUUAUGUUGCUUUGUUUCUCUUAGAGAGCACAAUGUCAUUCUAAUUCAGGAUAGCUUUGGCUACUGGAAAUCUCUGGCAAUCGUUACUGUCAAGUUGAUCACUGCCUUCAUUUUCAACAGAGAGGAGAGGAUACUACUAUCUGAACCACAGGGGCCAUAUCAAGUCAAGGGAGCAUACUGGUAAAGUUUACACAAAUCUAAUAGCUCCAUCCUCAGUCUCAAAACUGUGGAUCAAUCAAGAUACUGCUUCUGCCUCACGAUGGUGAUUUCACCCUCCUAAGCUCUGAACGCAGGUGAAGCAUUCAUGAACAAACUCUCUGUAGCUAUCUCAUCACUCCACUGAUGAACAUUUUUAUCUCCUCUCAAUAAAAAAUAAAAAAUUCAACAGUGCAGUGACAACAAAUGACAACGAUACAACAGAGAUAUUGUAAAGGAGCGUAUAAGAGGUAUAACUCAAAAUGUAUUCUCAACCUGGACACUAAAGAACUUCAUUUGACCAAAUAUACCCAGCACAUAAUGUGGUUAUUAUUCUGUAUGUUGAUGCAAUGUGUACGUGCGUAUGUUACAAAAAGAGAAAGAAUAAUAAAUAUAUCAUUGGUGUCAAGAAAUCUAUCUUUUACUAUUUAUGUUUGGUUGUAUUUUGGGAAUGACUUAUCUGGUGACAUAAUUGUAAAGCAAUGUUACAAUGUGAAAUUUGAUGUGUUUUUGUUUAAUUUUUCCAAGCCAUUGAAGUUAUGGUGUGUUCUUUGAAAAGCCCAGCUAAGUUUUAUGUGGCAGCUAAUGUUGUGUGUUUGCUAAUCAGACUACAGGGUCUUGUACUCAAAGCGUGUAAUUAAGUGCUAAAAAUGCAAAAGAUUGUAAUGUUUUAUAUCAAGAUUACUAUUCAUGAAAAUGUCAGUCAAGUUUAUACUUUUGUAAUAAAGUGGCACUUUGAAAAAUUA